UUUUCUUUCUCUUCUGAGAAAGAAUGUUUUGUGAUUGCAACAGGUCCAUGAACUGCACUGAAUUAUAUCUAUAGCAAAAAAGAAAACAUCUUCCUAAUUUUUUUUUAUAAAUAAAUCAAGAUUUACCAUUUAGAGGAAGUGCUAUGUGAGUUUCAAGAAUUAAAAAAAUGGGAAUUAUUAGUCAAGUGAUCCAAAAGAAACAGCACACAGUAGUACCAAUGUUAUGCCCAUUACUUCACAGCUUGUAGGGGCCUUGAGAAUUCUUGAGGAAGCUGACAAUUUUGAGAUAAUUCCAAGUAUUCCCAUGUGUUCUCCCUCUUUUUCUUUGCUCUCUUAUUUGAACUUAGUGUCAGAAAACUCUGCUGUGUAUUUCCUUGAGAUUUGCUCUAUUUUUUUUUCUAGUUUCUCACCAUGUGGGAAUCAGAAACUGAGUCUGUUAGUGGAAGAGAUUAUGGGAAUGGAGUUCUCAGCACAUGCAAACAUGGUGUCAAGACUGAUGGUUUUGAGCAAAAAGGACAGUCUUGGUAUGUAGCAACUGAUAUGCCCAGUGACCUUUUAGUUCAAAUUGGAGAUGUUAGUUUCCACUUACACAAGUACCCUUUGCUUUCUAGAAGUGGAAAGAUGAACAGAAUCAUAUAUGAGUCAAGGGAUGAAGAAUUGAGCAAAAUAGCUUUAGAUGACUUACCAGGUGGACCUGAGGCAUUUGAGUUAGCUGCAAAAUUCUGCUAUGGAAUUGCUGUUGAUCUCACAGCAACCAAUAUAUCUGGUUUACGAUGUGCAGCCGAGUUCCUGGAAAUGACUGAGGACUUAGAAGAAGGCAACCUAAUAUUCAAGACUGAAGCUUUUCUCAGUUAUGUGGUUUUAUCAUCAUGGAGGGACUCCAUACUUGUAUUGAAGAGUUGUGAAAGGUUAUCACCAUGGGCAGAAAACCUACAAAUCGUUCGAAGAUGCAGCGAGUCAAUUGCUUGGAAAGCGUGCGCCAAUCCAAAAGGAAUAAAAUGGCAAUACACUGGCAAACCGCCUAACGUUUCCAGCCCGAAAUGGAAUGAAAUGAAGGAUUCCAGCCCUAGCAGAAACCAGCAAGUGCCUCCUGAUUGGUGGUUCGAAGAUGUCUCUAUUCUCAGGAUUGAUCACUUUGUUCGAGUGAUUACUGCUAUUAAGGUAAAGGGCAUGAGACAUGAACUAAUUGGUGUUGCCCUCAUGCAUUAUGCUGCUAAGUGGCUCCCGGGGCUAAUUAAAGAAGGAUCAGGAUCGUUGGAUGAAGGUAGCAAUAGUAGUAACAGUAAUGGCAGUAGAAGCAGUAGUUGGAAAGGCAGUCUUCAUAUGAUAGUAUCAGGAUGUGGAGAAGAAGUACCAAGUGUUCAGGCCAAAGAUCAAAGGAUGAUUAUCGAAAGCCUAAUUAGUAUAAUCCCACAACAGAAGGAUAGCGUUUCGUGUAGCUUCCUUCUUCGUCUUUUGAGAAUGGCAAACCUGCUGAAAGUGGCUCCUGCACUUGUAACAGAAUUGGAGAAACGAGUCGGGAUGCAAUUUGAGCAGGCUGCAUUAGCUGAUCUUCUCAUACCAUCUUACAAUAAAAGUGAGACAUUGUAUGACGUUGAUCUUGUUCAGAGGCUUUUGGAACAUUUCUUAGUUCAAGAGCAAACAGAAAGCUCAAGUCCUAGUAGGAGUUCAUUCUCUGAUAAACAUAUGCAUGAUGCAAAUCAAAGGGGUACUAAUCUCAAUGCCAAGAUGAGAGUAGCACGGCUUGUAGACAGUUACCUCACAGAAGUAUCCAGAGAUAGAAAUCUUUCCUUGACAAAAUUUCAGGUCUUGGCUGAAGCUUUGCCAGAAUCAGCAAGAACUUGUGAUGAUGGAUUGUAUCGCGCAAUUGAUUCAUAUCUUAAGGCUCAUCCAUCUCUAUCAGAACAUGAAAGAAAGCGGCUAUGCAGGGUGAUGGAUUGCCAAAAACUCUCUAUUGAUGCUUGCAUGCACGCUGCUCAGAACGAAAGGCUCCCUCUAAGAGUAGUGGUGCAAGUCCUCUUUUCUGAGCAGGUGAAGAUCAGCAAUGCAAUAGCCAGCAGCUCACUCAAAGAUGCAGGAGAUUCUCAUUAUCAACCUCUUGUAUCAAACCGCAAAUCAUUGCUCGAAGCAACACCACAAUCAUUUCAAGAGGGAUGGACUACAGCCAAGAAAGACAUCAACACUCUUAAAUUUGAACUCGAGACCGUGAAAGCUAAGUACCUACAACUUCAAAAUGACAUGGAUAACUUACAGAGACAGUUUGAUAAGAUCACAAAACCAAAACAAGCCUCGGGUUGGACUGCAGGCUGGAAAAAGUUAGGCAAACUCACCAAGAUGACAAAUUUAGAAUCCAAUGAUAAUAGUCCUCAUGCCCCAAACACAGAACAGACAAGAAAGACUGCUAGAAGAUGGAGAAAUUCCAUUUCCUGAAUCCAAAUGUUAUAAGAGAAAAGACUACCAGAUAUACAAUACCUCUACAACCAAAUUCUGUGUUCAUUUGUGUUUGGAAUUCUCAUUUCCCUUCCUAUCUAAGAGAGUAGUCAAAAGGUUAUUUUUCCUUCUCCAAUUUUUCUUUAAUAGCAUCAAUUCAUCAUUCAUUUCCUAGCUUUCUGGUGUUUGUUUUUUCUGUAUUCUUUUGUAUCAUGAAAAGUAUGAUUUGCAUUUGAGAGUGAAGUGAAAUAUUGUUACAUAGUUUCACUGA